UAUUUGCAUGAUUGACAGGACUGGCGGGAGCCGGCUGCAGCCUUCUGCACGUGUACAGGGAAGCAAGCUGCAGGGCUUACCCUAAUCACACCCUAGAUGCAAUCAGGGAAUUAGUGCCCUCACAGCUGACGGUGCCUGUCCGCCUGCCCACCUAGCUGCUCUCCGCAGCAGAGCGGGGUUCCGAUGCUCACUGGCGGUUGAUGUCCUGGGUUCAGGAAGGAGAAAUGACAAGGGCCAGCCUUGGGCCCCAGUUGCCAGAGGUAGCUGAGGAGGAGGAGGAGGGAUGCCGUGGCCCACGCCUGAGGCGCAGAGUCCAGUUCCUGCUGCCGCCUGUGACUAUUCAAGAGCCCCCACCCCAGCAAGAAGAGAAGGCCUUCCACCAGUCUGUGGAGCACUUGCUGGGGGCAACUUUGGAAGGCAACUUUGAGGGGCUCUUUGCUGCUGACGGCUGGGAGGACUUGCUCGAAGAGAAGAGUGUGAGGAAGCUGCGGGUCAGAGGCGGCCAGGGCCAGGCCCGUGGGCCACAGCCGGGCCAGGAGGUCACGGUCAAGCUCCUGGGAGCCCUGCAGGACCAGAGCCUGGUGGAGAAGGACCCCCGGCUGACCUUCGUUCUGGGCCAGGGGGAGGCCGUUCAGGCCUUGGAUCUGGCAGUUCUGUCCAUGCGGCCGGGAGAAGUGGCCCUGAUCCUCACCAGGCCAGCCUAUGCCUACGGCCGCCUGGGCAGACAGCCCGACAUACCUGCGGAAGCCCCGCUGCUCUACCAGGUGACGCUGCUGCAGGUGCGGGAGAGUCCUGAUCUGGCGCUCCUGGCGGCCCCGCAACGUCUGGGCCUGGCCGACCGGGCACGAGAGCAGGGCCGCUUCCACUUCGAGCGCCAGGAUUACCAGCUGGCCCUGCGCUCCUACCAGCGGGCACUGCGCCUCCUGCCCUCCUCGCCUGCUGCCGCCGACGGCCCCCAGGACCAGGAGGUUGAGGAGCAGGAGGUCGAGCUGCGGCAGCUGCGGCUCAAGUGCCUCACCAGCUGCGCCGCCGCACAGCUGAAGCUGGGCCGGCGGGAGGCAGCGCUGGACUUCUGCCAUGAGGCGGAGCGCCUAGAACCCGAUGACGCCCAGGCCCUCUACUGGAAAGGCAAGCUACUGGCCGAGCUGGGCCAGGACCAGGCCGCGGCCAAGCUGCUGAAGAGAGCCCUCCAGCUGGAACCCACCGCAAAGGCCAUUCAUGCAGAGCUCUCCCGGAUGGCCAGGCGGCAGAGAGGCCAGCCAGAGCCCGGAGGGGACGUGCCAGGAGGACCCCUCAGCCACUCGCCAGCAGGCCCAGACCAGGCGCGCACUUCCCUGUCGCCCCAAAAUCCUGUGGCCGCCGCUUGUGUUCCAGAUGAGGGAGUUGCCUGCGCAGCUGCUGGGAAGGCGGCAGCAGUUUCUGGCCUCUCUGCUUUGAGGCAGCCACAGCUGAGCCUGUCUGUUGCUCCUCAUCUGAGUUUCCCCUGAAAGGAAGAGGACUCCAAAGGCGGCCUCUGCUCGUCAUGCCUGCAGAUACACGCAGCGGCAAAGCACCCCUGGACGGUCCGGAGUGCCUGUGGCCACCACUGAGCAAAGGCAUUGGGCGUGUCCCUUUGCAGCCCUCAUCGUUCAAGUGGCAGCCCGUGCGGUCCCCCCGUUGCCCUUUUGACCCCUGAGAAUGAGCGGCAAGCCCAGCAGCUGUUUUCUUCUGUGCUGGGGGGGGGGGGCUUUUUCUCCUGACGCUGAUGGGUUAAGCUGAGGUCUCUCUCCACCCCCAGCAAACAAGUGAGGGUCAUCAUCUCACAGGCAGGGGGAGCACGCAAUUUCUGUGACCAUUCUGAGCAUGUCCGAAGGGCUCCUCACUUGUGUCAUUCUGCUCACUCUGUAAAACAGAGUGGCCCAAGAGGGCAUUUUAUGAAGACAGUCGAGCUGCAUGAUCAUGGAAUGAUUCAGGAAGGCGCUUUGAUAAAAGCAACAGAAUUGUGGAUUAUAUCACUGUAUGUUAUGCAUUAUCUGUUAUGUUUUAUCUUACUGUAUCUACCUUUGUAAUAGCAUUUUUUGCAUUUGAAAUAUUGUAUAAUUUUUGCUGUUUCAAAUCGCUAUGAUCCUAGUGUUAUCACAUUGUUUAUUAGAUAUCUCAUCUGAUUGAGUGAUUGAUUUACGCUGUGAAAUCUCUUUUGAGUCUCACUGAGAAAGGUGGACUAUACAAUGAAUAAAAUGCAUAGUAAAA